UUGUUUUCGCAUACCCAGUGCCGCCCAGCCUCUUCGCACAUUUUUCCUGCAGUAACAAGUUGUAGGUUUGCGUUUGUCAUCUCCCUGCGAUUAAUCUCCACUAUCGACCAGGAGUACGGAAUUCAGGAAGGGUAUCAAGCAGCCGUAGCGUUUCCUUCGAGCUCUUCAACAUCUUCUCUUGCAAAACCUAACAAGGCUUUGAAGAAAAAAGUGAACUAAAUAAAUCUAUUAGUAUUUACAAAAUGCUGGGUGGGCCCGGACUUGAAACAGUCGUUGAUCAAAUCAUUUCUGUUAUCACAAACGAUGGACGCAACAUAGUGGGAGUUUUGAAAGGGUUCGAUCAAGCCACAAACAUAAUUCUUGAUGAAUCUCAUGAAAGAGUUUAUUCCACCAAGGAAGGUGUUCAACAACUCGUAUUAGGUCUCUACAUCAUACGGGGUGAUAACAUAAGUGUUAUUGGGGAAUUGGAUGAAGAGCUUGAUGCAAGCUUGGAUUUAACAGAAUUAAGAGCCCAUCCUUUGAAGCCUAUUAUUCAUUGAUCAUUUACAUGUUUUUUUUGAAUAUGUAGACUUAAAUGUUCUAUGAAAAUUUUUAAAUUUAGUUUUUGAAUGCAAAUUUUAUCGGAUUAAGGACACAUGAAAUUGAAGUGCUUAGUAUGUGUUCAUGAUUUUUA